AUCCAGGAAGCCGUUCAAGAGACCGCUCGCGAAUGAAAGAAAAUGUAUAAGUAACACCACCCCUCCUCCUUGCUGCCCUUUUACGCAAGUCACCGUAUAGUUCUACCAUUCUGGUACUCUUUCCCCACCCCCUCCUUCCAAGAUGCCUUCGGAGCUCAUAAACAGCGCGACCUACAUUCCCUUAACGGAGGACCAGCUUCCGUCGGCAACGCUCCGUAAAGCGUCCAAGAUCACCGUUCGGUUCGAUGACCGGCGCGAGUCGGCGUUCCACUGCGUGUGGCUGCGCGAUCAUUGCAAGUGCGCGGAAUGCUGGCACCCAAAGACCCACCAGCGGUUCGCGGAUAUCACGCAGAUGCCGCUCAACGUCACUGCCGGCCGUAUGCGCGUGUCCGAGGAUAGGAAGGAGUUGAUCGUCACUUGGCUUCAUGAUGGACAUGAAAGCCCGUACAGCUUCGAAUGGCUGCGUCAUAACACGUACGACCCGCCGCUCUGCGAAGACUUUGAUCUGAAACCUCAACGUCUCUGGAGGGCAUCCGAUCUCGAACGCGAGAUGCCAACCGUGCAGUACGAAGCCGUGAUGGCCGACGACGAAGCGCUCAAGGCGUGGCUUCUCAACAUCGAAACCUACGGCAUCAGCUUCAUUGACGGGAUCCCGUCCACGCCGGAAGCGACGGACGCGCUCGUGCGCCGCAUCGCGUUCGUGCGUGAGACCCAUUACGGACUCACCCAUGUCAUCGCUAACGAUAUGGCCCAUGGCGACGCCGCGUUCUCGGGCGCCCAUCUGCCCGCGCAUGCCGAUACGUGCUAUUUCACCGAUUCCGUAGGUCUCCUCCUCAUGCACAUCCUCUACCACAACAACGGCACCGGCGGCGAAUCCACCUUCGUGGACGGGUUUGCCGUCGCCGAGCAUCUCAAGCACCAUCACCGCUGGGCCUACGACGCUCUCACCAGCGUCGGCGUCAGUUACCACUCAGCAGGCGACGCGUCGACGCACAUCUCCCCUCUGCGCGCAUCGCCCAUCCUGCAAGCGCACCCGGCGCACCCCGAUCGGCUCCUGCAGGUCCGGCACAACAACGAGGACCGGUCGGUCCUGCGUGGCGUGGAGGGAGAUGUGAUGGCGGUGUUUUAUGCCGCUUUGCAGUUGUGGACGAGGUUGUUGAAGGAGGAUGAGUGGCAGGUGAGGAUCAAGAUGCCCAGGGGCAGGGCGGCGAUUGUCGACAAUUGGAGAGUGUUGCAUGGGCGCACCGCGUUCACCGGGUCGAGGGCCCUGUGUGCGGCGUAUGUGAAUAGGGAUGAUUGGAGGAGUAGGGUGAGGAUGGUCGUGGAUGGGAAUAGGGAGAAGCAGUUUAUUUGAGGGGAUGGUCUGUCUGGCCUCUCCCUGCGCCCAGUUGCUUUUCUUUUUCCCUCCCCUUUUGAUCUCCUUGCAUCACCACAGAUAGCCAGAUAUAGUAUGCCUCCAUUUCAAUGGUUUUCCCGUGUUCCUUUUUCGAGUUGGAACUUUCAUUUCCUCUCCGUUUUCAUCUUUUCUUUAAUAUUCUUCUCAAUAAUACACAACACAUCGCUCUG